AUGGCACAGGUCGAUCCGCAGAUGAUAGAGACCUCUGAGCUUGCCGAGUCAAGAGAAGUAAUGAACUCCCGAUUGAGAGGCCUAGUUAAUACUGCCCCAGUGAUGCUCUUCAUGAAGGGCGUCACCAAGUGUCCACUGUGUCGCUUCAGUCGACGUAUCGUUCGUAUCUUGAACGAGCAUGGCAUCCAGUAUGAUUCUUUCAAUGUCCUGCAGGAUGAGGCCGUUCGCCAGGGCAUCAAGGAAUAUGCCGACUGGCCGACAUUUCCACAACUAUGGGUCAAUGGUGAAUUGAUUGGCGGGCUUGAUAUUGUAAAGGAAGAGUUCGCCACCAAUCCAGAGUUCUUGAGUGCCUACAAAGUACCUGAAAUAGCGGGUGAUGUUGCACAGGAGAUGGUUUAG